AUGCCGCUUAAUCUGACGGCUGCGCAUUCGUCUCGCAUAAAGAAACCGACUUCAGCGGCUCGGCAGAAGGCCCCCUUUGCCUCCUUUCGGAGUACCAAGGCAGCUUCCACGCCGACUGCAGCUCAUAGCAAAGGCAAGAAGCUCAAAGCCAGCCUCCAGCAGACGGAGGAAAGUAAUAGAAGUGCCUUGAAAUAUAGUACCAGUAGCAGUUCUGCUGGUGGAGAUGUCCUGUUCGAUGAAGCACUGCCAGACCUGGGCCCUUCGAGGGCCGUCACAGAGUCCAUCGCCGUCACCAGCGUGACUCAGGCCAUCCAGCAUGUCCAAAGUACCAUGUUCAGUGCCAUUCCGGAAAGGAGGUCGGGCAUGAAUAGCGCGCGGAUAGCACAGAUCAUGGCGUUCAGAAAGUCGCUGCCUCCCAUCGUGUCGGUGGCGCAUGUACAUGUUCUGCUUGACAAACCUACAGAGGUCGAGAGAGAGAUUGUACAGCUGAUUGACUCGGCUGUCGUACGCAGGCUGCUUGUGACUGGCCGUGGAGACGGGACAUACGGGCUAGGCGACUGUCUUGUUCUGCUGGAUGACUGGGAAAAACUGGUUAGAGAUAGCACUUCUCUAGAUGAUGUGUUAAAAGAUCGCUUCAUCGAGGCCCUGCGGAAGGACACUAAAUCUCCUGCUGUCCCUGCUGGUUUCUUUUCGCCCGAAGAAACUGCUGCAUUGGUGCGUUCAGGCUUCCUGGUGACAGCCUCGUCACAUUCCAAAAGCGGCUAUAUUAAUGUAGGCCACUCGACGACUUCAGCGUCGACAGACCAUGGUGUCAACUUACCACGUGAAAGAGGGUCAACGAUGGUACUCUCUUUACCCAAUAUGGGCCCAUAUCUCCGGCUCCUCGGAUCCGCACGUACCCAGAUUCUAGAUACGCUGCGGAAAUCUCGAUAUAGCGAGGCACCCCUUUACCUGAUCCGUGACCGGUGGGACGGUUCUAUUGAGCUAAACUCCAGAGCCAGCAUCGCAAAGCACAUCCGCGGUGAGUUUGCAGGCGUCCUACCUGGCCGAACAAACAAAUGGAAGCAGCUUUACGGCUUGAACUUCCAGUGGGCACUUGAAGAGGCCCUGGGUGCGGGACUGAUUGAGAUCUUUAACACCGGAAGCGUAGGGCCGGGAGUACGGAGUGUAUGA